AUGAACAACUCCACCUUGACAAAGCAGGCAUCGCAGCCUCGCGUUGACACAACACUGAAAUCAACUCAAGGAGCAUCACCACUUAUGGUCGCGCAUCCUGGUUCACCAGUUGAUGUUUCCGGACGUCGGCCUUCGCUCGUUGCAAACCUAGCAUCAAUGCAUGUUGGCAAGGAGAAGGAUUUUUCAUUUGGGUUUUCUAGGUCCCAGACUUGGGCAAACAUUGAAGAGGGGAGGAGUAUGAGUAGAGGUAUUGGAGAGGAUGACGUGGCCGCAAAACUGGGGUCAGCUAUAAAUGAGAAGGAGAUGGCCAAAGCGAAGAUGAUGCAAGUUGCAGGCUCGCCGUUCUAUAUUCCAGCGAAGGUGAUUGAACGAGAGGAACCAAGAAAGUCUUCAGAAACGACAACUACCGAUACCGAAGUUCAUGCAGACUUUGAUUUCGAGGGAGAUAAUGGUACUUGGAUUUCAGCACACUCGGAAGCUCACUCGUCGAGGACAAGCCUAGCAACGACUACUUCGUCAACUAGUACUAUCAUGGACGAUCGGUCUCCUGACGAGUCACUAUUAGCCGAUGCAAGCGUCGCGUGUUCUUCUGCUAGCAGUAUCUAUUCCUGUUCGACUGUCAGCACCAAUUCUUGUGCAAGCAGUACCAGUACCGAUAUAUAUGGUUGGGAAGAAGAACUUAAACGUAAGAGUAGCGAAGGUUCCCCGACAUGGGAUCACCGAAGUGAGCUUGGAGCUGCCAUGAGACGUCUUCCAAGUGGUGGUAGAACAAUGGGUCCUCGUACUGAAUGUUCCGGAGUUCAACAACUUUCUUGCAAACGCGCUGAUGGAAAGAGAAAGAGUUUGUUGUAUCGCGUAUUGAAUAUUUCGUCGACCAAAAGACUUAAUGAUGAGAUACCACCGGUACCAACGAUGCCUUCUUUUUAUUCGACACAAAACGAUGCAGCUGAAAGGGCUUCACCUUGA